AUCAUCUCCAAUUAUUUAAACCAAACCAUUCCCCACUUCCACUUGUUCCAAGAAACUCACCGGAAAGAUGAGUUCUCCGACCAAGUCGCCGGAGAAAUCAAUGGAGGAGAACAUGAAGAAGAAAAAGAAAAAGUCCAUAACUAUAAUUUUCCGGUAUGCCUAUUGGUAUGACAAAUUGCUGAUAGUUUUGGGCACACUUGGAGCAAUUGGAGAUGGGAUGUCUACAAAUGUUUUAUUAGUUUUCGUUAGUCGUCUUUUUAAUAGUUUGGGUUAUGGCAAAGGUGUUCAACGAAACCCAGAAAACUUUAUGCACGAAAUUGAAAAGUGUAGUUUGGCUUUCGUGUACAUCGGUUUAGGGGUGAUGGUGAUGGCGUUUAUGGGUGCCAAAAUUCUUGAUGUACACGUCGAUGUUCUUAUCGGGACUAGCAUUUUGCACAUACUUCUCGUGGAGGAUGGCUUUAGUAGCUUUUCCAACGACAGUUUUCUUGAUUAUUCCAGUAAGGCGAACAGUAUUGUGGAACAAGCUCUUGCUUCCAUAAAAACUGUUUACUCGUUUACUUCCGAGAAAAUGAUUGUCCAAAAGUACUCAAUGAUUUUAGACCGGACAACUGAAAUGGGUUUGAAACAAGGAAUCGCGAAAGGUCUUGCUGUUGGGAGUACCGGUCUUUCUUUUGCUAUUUGGGCAUUGAUCGCGUGGUAUGGAAGCCGUUUGGUUAUGUAUAAAGGAGAAAGUGGAGGGCGGGUGUACACCUCGGGUCUUGCAUUUGUGUUAGGUGGACUAGCUCUUGGGAUGGCAUUACCGGAACUGAAUCACUUCACGGAAGCAUCAAUAGCAGCGUCAAGAAUCUUCCACAGGAUCGAUCGAGUCCCAGAAAUCGAUGGUGAAGACAUCAAAGGACUUGUACCUGAUGAAAUCCACGGAAAGAUUGAAUUUGAAAAUGUCGAUUUCACAUAUCCUUCAAGACCUAACUCCAUUAUUCUCCAUGAUUUCAACCUCAAAAUCGAAGCAGGAAGCACUGUCGCUCUAGUGGGAGCAAGCGGUAGUUGUAAAUCCACCGCCAUUGCUUUGGUUCAGAGAUUUUACAACGCAGAUCGAGGAAUUAUUCGUGUUGAUGGAAUCGAUAUCAAAAAACUACAGUUGAAAUGGUUGCGAGCACAAAUGGGACUUGUUAGUCAAGAACACGCGCUAUUUGGAACCUCGAUUCGAGAAAACAUUAUGUUUGGGAAGAUCGAUGCAACAAUGGAGGAAGUAAUCGCUGCUGCAACGGCGGCCAAUGCUCAUAAUUUCAUCCGGCAGCUUCCGGAAGGAUAUGAAACGAAGGUCGGUGAAAGAGGGGCGCUGUUAUCGGGGGGACAAAAGCAGCGGAUAGCGAUUAUUAAAAACCCUGUGAUUCUUCUUCUCGAUGAAGCUACGAGCGCACUUGAUUCGGAAUCGGAGAAACUUGUUCAAACUGCUCUUGAUCAAGCUUCCAUGGGAAGAACAACAAUGGUGGUUGCUCACAAGCUUGCAACGAUACGAAACGCAGAUGUGAUUGCAGUCAUGAGUGAAGGUAGGGUUAUCGAACAAGGCUCACACAACGAAUUAAUCAACAGUCACACAGGUCAGUACGCCCAUUUAGUCAAACUUCAGCGCCAAUUCAGCUCGUUUAACGACGAACACCACACUCCGGUGACUAAAAGCAGCGCUUCGAGAUUAAGCACUUCAAAUCAAGCCAAGCAAUGUUCGAUUCACCGAUGCCUUUCAACGAUCCACAAUUGCUAUCAUCAUCAAAUCACCCACCGCCUUCGUUCUCCCGACUCCUUGCUCUAAACUCGCCGGAAUGGAAACAAGCGUUGAUUGGGAGCUUAGCAGCGGCGACGUUUGGCGCUGUGCAACCGGUGUAUGCGUUAACAGUCGGAGGAAUGAUUUCAGCUUUUUUUGUACUAAAUCACGAAGAAAUGAAUUCCCGAAUAAGAACUUACUCCAUAAUCUUCUGCUCACUUUCCAUCAUCUCGAUCCUCGUUAACCUCUUACAGCAUUACAACUUCGCAUACAUGGGUGAACAAUUAACCAAAAGAAUCAGAUUGAAAAUGCUCGAAAAGAUCUUGACCUUCGAAACAGCCUGGUUUGACGAUGAAGAAAACGCAAGCGGUGCGUUGUGCUCGAGGUUAAGCAACGAAGCUUCAAUGGUGAAAUCUCUGGUAGCUGACAGAAUGUCGUUACUAAUCCAAACAGGGUCAGGGGUGUUGAUCGCCAUGAUUAUGGGUUUAAUCGUGGCCUGGAAGCUUGCACUUGUGAUGAUCGCAGUUCAACCCCUAACGAUUCUCUGUUUCUACGCAAGAAAAGUGUUACUUUCAACAAUGUCGGCUAAUUUCAUAAAGUAUCAGAAUCAAAGCACUCAGAUUGCUGUUAAGGCUGUUUACAAUCAUCGAAUUGUGACCUCGUUUCAAAGUUUAGGGAUUGUUCUUCAGCUUUUUGAUAAAGCUCAAGAUGGGCCGAGAAGGGAGGCGAGGAAGAAGGCGUGGUUGGCCGGAAUCGGAAUCGGGUCAGCUCAAGGGUUGACUUUUAUAUGUCGGGCUUUGGAUUUUUGGUAUGGUGGGAAGCUGGUCAACGCCGGAGAGAUAUCCGCCGGUGACGUUUUCAAGACUUUUUUUAUAUUGAUCAGCACCGGAAAAGUAAUAGCUGAUGCCGGAAGUAUGACUUCCGACAUAGCUAAAGGCUCCAAAGUUGUUGCUUCGGUUUUCUCCAUUCUUGAUCGCCAAUCACUAAUCUCCACCAAUGUUCACGAGGGAGAUGAAAGCAGUGGAGUAAAGUUGGAAAAACUAAGUGGUGUAAUAGAAAUAAGAAAAGUGGAUUUUGCAUACCCAUGUAGACCCGAUACAUUAAUCUUAAGAGAAUUUUGUUUAGAAGUAAAACCCGGAACAAGCAUCGGAUUAGUUGGGAAAAGUGGGUGUGGAAAGUCAACAGUUAUUGCAUUGGUCCAAAGAUUCUAUGAUACAGACAGAGGUACAGUGAAAAUAGACCGAGUAGACAUAAGGAUGUUCAACAUCGAAUGGUAUAGAACGCAUAUGGCUUUGGUUAGCCAAGAGCCCGUUUUAUAUUCGGGCACGAUUCGUGACAAUAUUAUUUUCGGAAAAAUUGAUGCUUUUGAAAACGAAUUGAUUGAAGCUGCUAAAGCUGCAAAUGCUCAUACUUUCAUCUCGGCACUAAAAGAUGGGUAUGAAACCGAAUGUGGUGAAAGAUGAGUACAAUUAUCAGGUGGACAAAAACAACGAAUUGCAAUUGCUAGAGCAAUUAUUCGCAACCCAACAAUCUUACUACUAGACGAGGCUACAAGUGCCCUUGAUGUCCAAUCAGAACAAGUUGUUCAAGAAGCAUUGGAUCGAAUUAUGGUUGGGAGGACUACAGUUGUAGUGGCACAUCGACUUAAUACAAUAAGACACCUUGACUCAAUUGCUUUUGUGUCUGAAGGGAAAGUUUUGGAACAAGGAACUUAUAAUCAACUUAAGAAUAAGAAAGGGGCGUUCUUUGAACUCGCUAAUCUUCAGAAAACCUAAGGUUUUUAAUGGUAUUUUUAUGUAUAUAUAGUAAUGAGGGUUAUGAGAGUACCCAAUGAAAUGUGCUUGUAAUUGAGCGAUUGUUGGGUAACAUGACUACAAUCGGAUUAUUGUUGCGAUGAUUUAUGUGUAACCUUGAUGAAAUGUUUAUAUAUUUAAUUGGGCAUUUGAUCUAA